AAACAACAGAUAAAAAGAAAUAAUUAAUUAAAUAAUUAAUUAAAAUAUUAUUUUAUUUGUAACACUACAAUUCUCUGUAACACUAUUAUUACUUUGUAUCAAUAACUCUUGUACCACUAUACAUUUUUUUUUUUUUUCUAUAUCAUUAAAUAUCAACACACAUUCUUCUUUUAUAAAAUUAAAUUAGUAUAAACACAAUAGUAACAACAACAACAACAAAAUCAACAUUAAUAUCACAAAAUGCUUAUUCAUAAAAAAUUAAUCGUAGCAUUAUUAGUAUUUUUCAUUUUCGUAAAUUCAUCAUUUGCUCAUAAUAACGAUGAUUGCGAUGAAGAUGGUGGUAAUCCAAAAGAUAACAUCAAGAAAAAUUCAGGUAAAAACUUUUAUGACAUAAAUGAUUAUUAUUCAAAUGAAAACUACAACUACUAUUCCGGUUCAAACAAAGACUGUGCUAGCGCUUCAUAUAUUACCGUUCCAUUAGGUACUACUGGUGGUUUAGAUGAAGGUGGUCUUUCAUCAUUCUUACUCACCAAAAAAGGUUCCAACUUAUUCAUUGCUUUAGAUGCUGGUACCAUUUGGGCAGGUGUUCGUCGUUUAACCACUUUCAAACAAUUCAAUAGCCUCUUCAACAUCCAAUAUCCAGAUUGGGCCGUUCUCCCAGAACAAAAAACCUCAUGGUUCAUUAAAAAUCACAUCCUCGGUUACUUUAUUGGUCACAGCCAUAUCGAUCAUGUUGGUGGUUUAAUCAUCGUUUCACCAGAAGAUUAUAUCUCUGCCGGUUACCUCACUGCUACUCCAAAGAUUAACACUGGUAUUGUUGGUCUCUUCAAUAAAAUGGGUUUAAAUACUACCAACCACAACUUCACUGCCAAUUUAUUAACCUCAAAACCAAUUAUCGGUCUCCCAACCACCAACAAAUACAUCCAAGAAGACUUAUUCAACUGGUUCAUCUGGCCAAAUCUCCCACAAUUAAGCCGUUACUCAUACUAUACCGUUGCCUCUGGUAUUGAAAACAAUGUUGCUGAAUCCCUCAUCCAAUUCAAUGCUAGCUUAACUGGUGCUGUUGCUAAUGAUUUCCCAUUCUCACACAAAUUCAAAACCUUUGACGUUUGUCACGAUACCUUAACCUCAUCUGCUUUCCUCUUCACUGAUAAAAUCUCUGGUGAACAAGUUGCCUUCUUUUCAGAUACCGGUGUUCCAUCAUCAACUGGUCUCACUUGCGAUUGGGAAGCUAAAAUCAUCAAUGUUUUCAAAUCAAUUACCCUUGGUAAAUUAAAAGCUAUCUACCUUGAAUGCUCAUUCUUAAAUGAAGCUGCUGACUCUACCUUAUUCGGCCAUUUAAGACCAAAAGACGUUAUGAAAUUAAUGGACUACCUCUUAACCCAAUCCGUCAAUUCUGGUUACACUAACCUCAAACACGUUAAAUUAAUUAUUCAACACAUCAAACCACAAGUUACCCAAGCAACCAACAAUUGGACCGCUCAAAAAGCUGUUUAUGAACAAUUAAAAGCUCUUAAUACUCACAAUGUUAAAAUCAUCAUUCCAAACCAAGGUGAUCCAAUCUGUAUCUAAGCAUUUUAGAAUCAACUACAUUUACAACAUUUUAAUUUAAUAUAAAUAUUUUAAUGUUAAAAAAAAAAAAAAAAAAAAAAAAAGAGCAACAAAAAAAAAAUUCAUUUCUUUUUUUUUAAUUAUUUAUCUUUUGUUUUUAAAAUACUUUAAACAAAUAAUAAUAAAAAAAAAAAAUAAUAAAAUUUUUUUUUAUUAGUUUGUAAAAUUAUAAUAAUAAAUAAAUAAAAAAAUUAAAUGAUUUUCGCUUUUC